UUUAUAAAAGGCAGAGUAUAUUUUCCUCUACACCCCACAAAUCAAAUAACAUUAAUCUUAUUCAUUCCCCUUCCAAACUCUUCUCCUCAUCUUACCUCAGCAAAUCUCGUUUGUUCACACUCCUAUAUUACUUGACACUCCUUCACCAUCCAAUUAAAUCAAGAAAAAGAAAAAUGGUGACGGUUGAGGAAAUCCGCAACGCCCAGCGUUCCAAUGGCCCUGCAACCAUCUUGGCCUUUGGCACAGCCACACCCUCCAACUGCGUUGUACAAGCUGAUUACCCUGACUACUACUUCCGCAUCACCAACAGUGAACACAUGACUGACCUCAAAGAAAAGUUCAAGCGCAUGUGUGAGAAGUCAAUGAUCAAUAAGCGAUACAUGCAUUUAACAGAGGAAUAUUUGAAGGAGAAUCCAAACAUGUGUGCUUAUAUGGCGCCAUCCUUGGAUGCGAGACAGGACAUAGUGGUGGUGGAAGUGCCAAAGCUAGGAAAAGAGGCAGCAGCAAAGGCUAUUAAGGAAUGGGGUCAACCAAAGUCAAAGAUAACACACUUGGUGUUCUGCACCACAUCAGGGGUGGACAUGCCCGGAGCAGAUUACCAACUCACGAAGCUUCUAGGCCUGAGGCCCUCCGUGAAACGUCUCAUGAUGUACCAGCAAGGUUGUUUCGCCGGCGGCACCGUCCUCCGCCUCGCCAAGGAUCUCGCCGAGAACAACAAAGGCGCGAGGGUUCUCGUCGUUUGUUCUGAGAUCACCGCCGUCACAUUCCGUGGCCCCUCCGACACUCACCUUGAUUCCCUCGUCGGUCAGGCGCUCUUCGGAGACGGCGCGGCGGCGGUUAUAAUCGGAGCAGAUCCUGACCUUGCUGUGGAGAGGCCGAUUUUUCAGUUGGUGUCGGCGGCGCAGACAAUUCUGCCGGACUCCGACGGCGCCAUCGACGGCCACCUCCGAGAAGUGGGGCUCACCUUCCACUUGCUUAAGGAUGUUCCUGGGAUUAUAUCGAAGAACAUUGAGAAGAGUUUGGUCGAGGCUUUUGCACCUAUUGGGAUCAGUGAUUGGAACUCGCUCUUCUGGGUUGCGCAUCCGGGUGGACCGGCUAUUUUGGACCAGGUUGAGAUUAAGCUCCGGCUCAAGGAAGAGAAACUCCGGUCCACCCGGCACGUGCUAAGCGAGUAUGGAAACAUGUCAAGCGCGUGCGUUCUGUUUAUCUUGGAUGAGGUGAGAAAGAGGUCAAAGGAGGAAGGGAAGAGCACCACCGGAGAUGGGCUUGAAUGGGGAGUGUUGUUCGGGUUCGGGCCGGGUCUCACGGUUGAGACUGUGGUGCUUCACAGUGUUCCCUUCGAGGAUUAAAUUUGGAGUGUGGGCCCUUACGGUUUGUAUAAGCAAGUUAAUAGUAUUUAAUAAGGAAAAUGCCGCGAGAAAUUUGGAAACAGAAUUGCUUCUUUUUAUUAUUAUUAUUAUUAUUAUAUAGACAGAUUUAGUGACAUGUGACAUGUUUGUGAAUCUGUCGUGUAUGGGAGUGAAUUUGUUAAGGUUUUAAUACUUGCAUAUUCUGCAUUGAAUUUGAUUAUGAAAUUUCGCAAUUUUGUUUCGAUGGCGUUACCUUAUUUUCUGUUCAUUUAUGGGGUGGGAUCAUUUC